AUGUUCAACAUACUAUAUAAAAACAUUAUACAUAAAAAUAAAAAACUCGUUAACAUAAAACUUCUACAUAAAAAAACAAAUUUCAUUCCGUUCACUACAAAUGUGUACAAUCAUUUAAAUGUAGAAGAAGAUUAUUUUUAUGUAAAUCCAUUGAGAAAGCUUAAUUGUAUUGGAUGUGGAGAAUUUCUACAAACAACAAAUGAAAAGAAAAGUGGAUAUGUUCCUUAUUCAGUUUAUGAAAAAUAUACAAAUGGAAGAUUAAAAUUUUAUACCAAGGUUAAAGGAGAAGAAGUUAAUACUAUUCCUGAUGGUGUUAAGGUUGAUGUUAAUAAUUUUUUAAAUUAUAAAAUAAAAACAAGAAUUAUUUUAUGUAAGAGAUGUUAUAGAUUGCAACAUUAUAAAAGUACUGAUCUUAAUUGUGAAGUAGAUACACAUAGGGUAGAAAAUAUUAUUAAAUGUAGAAAAUUGUUACAAGAGGAAAUUAAACAAAAGGUACAAAAAAAUAAAUAUAUUAAUAUAGAAAAAAGUCAGAAUAAUAAUAAUAAUAAUAAUAAUAUAAAUAAGGACAAGGAAAAUUUACACACUUAUGCUGGUAUUUCUCCUAAUAUUUUAAAAACAGAAGAUAUGAAUGAAAGGGGAAAUGAAAAAAAUAUUAAUAUUAUUGACAGAUUAUUUUAUAAAAAUAUAGCUUUAUCUAAUAUGUUAUACAUUGUAAAAAAGAUGAUAAAAUUAUAUGAUAAAAGUAGGAAGAUGGAAAUAAGUAAAACUAAUAUGAUGCAAAAUAAAAACAACAUUAUUAAUGGUAAUAAUAUAAAUAAUGAUAACAAUAUUAAUGUAAAUAAUGAUAACAAUAUUAACGUAAAUAAUGAUAACAAUAUUAAUGUAAAUAAUGAUAACAAUAUUAAUGUAAAUAAUGAUAACAAUAUUAAUGUAAAUAAUGACAACAAUAUUAAUGUAAAUAAUGAUAACAAUAUUAAUGUAAAUAAUGAUAACAAUAUUAAUGUAAAUAAUGAUAAGAAUAAUUUUAUUAAUAACAAUAAUUUUAUUAAUAACAAUAAUAAUGUCCUUGUUAAAGAAAAAACAGACGAAGGUAACCUUGAAGACGUUACAGAUACAUGUGCUAAAAACAAUGUAAAUAUUGAAAGUCAUAACAAAGAUAUAGAUAACGAAUAUCUUUAUCAAGAUAACUCGUAUAAUAUAGAUAAACGAUGCAUUAACAUAUACGAAAAAAAAGAUGUGAUGAAAAAACGAAAUGAUAAGAAAAGACUAGAUGUUGAAAAAAUGGAAUUAAGCACAUCUAAAUAUAUCGAAGGAGAUCGUAAUCACAUUAUGAAUAAUUUAAUUAAAAAAAUGAAACGUAAAUCCUUAGUAUUAUAUAUAAUAGAUAUAACAAAUAUUGAAAAUACUAUAUUACCAGAAUUAUAUAUAGCAUGUAAAAAUAAAGAUUUAAAUAUCAUAUGGUUAGUAAACAAAGUAGACUGUUUACCUAAAUCAACAAAUUUAGAUAUGAUAAAAAUAUGGUUUCGUAAUUUAGUUCGGCAAAUAAAAAAUUCUCAUAUAAAUGAUUUAAUAUUUAUAUCAGCCUUAAAAUUUUACAAUUAUGAUAUGUUAGAAGAAAGAAUGAAAUAUUAUGUUGACAUAGAUAAAGGUACUGACAUAUAUAUAGUAGGUUGUGUUAAUGUAGGUAAGUCAACUUUUGUUAAUUCGUUUUUAAAGUAUAUUAAUUAUAAACAUAUAGGUGAUAUAUAUAAUAAAAGAAAAAAGGGAGGUGUUACUACAUCAAAUAUACCUUAUACUACGUUAAAUUAUAAUGUUUUUAAAUUGAAAAAAAAUAUAAAUAUAAUAGAUACAAUUGGUAUACCUACUAAAUACCAAUAUUCUUCUAUUUUAUAUAAGGAUAUAGAUUUAAAUGGUAUAUGUAUAAAUAAAAAAAUACAACCAUUUACAUAUAAAUUGAAAGAAGAUUCCUCUAUCAUAAUAGGUUCUAUGUGUUAUAUAAAUUUUAUAUAUGGUACCUUUUCUUUAUUAACGUUUUAUUUAUCAAAUAAAGUAACUGUACAUAUGUGUAGAACUGAAAAAGUCGAAUCAUUUCUUGAAAAAAAAAAAUGCUCCUUCUUAUAUCCUCCACAUAUUAACUCAGAUUUUGAUUUAUUAAAACCAUUUGUUAAACAUACUAUAAAAAUAUAUGGAAAGGAUUUUGAAAGCGUGGAUGAUAUAGUCAUAUCUGAUUUAGGUUGGUUUUCUAUAACAGGAAGUGGUACAAAAAUUUUCGAAAUAUAUGUUCCUAAAAAUAUUAAAAUAUAUAGAAGACCUUCAAUGAUAACAGACGCUAUAAAACAUACACAAGUUGAUGUCUUUAAAUUUAAAUCUUAUAGAGGCAGAACAACAAAAAUUUUGAAAAAAAAAAAAAAGUUAAUACAACAGCUAGAUAAAUUAUAUCCUCACAGAAGAGAACUUAUCAAAAAAGAAACACUACAAAAGGAGCAAGAGCAGAUAACAAAUUUGGAAAAUUUUAAUGAUACAGGAACUUCUAUAAUAUCAAAACAAGAAGAUAUACAAAAUAUACUUCAUCAUUUGUAA